CUCGUCACUAAUAAAGGUUGUAUAGAUCAGCCGUUUACUUUACUCUAGAAUAGUGUAAGUUGUAGCAGGUUUGUGUCACGUACUUAGAAGCAUUGAAAUUUAUUCUUUCCAGUUUCGAUUUUGAUGAAAUAUCAAAUCACUCAGUUCAAGAUACAUUUCGACUUCUAUGGUAAAAUCCAAAGAGUAAAGAAAAAAAUUGGGCUUAGUCUAUGACAAUGACUGAGCUGUCACGAGAAAUUGGCGAAAUUUGGUCAAGAUUAUUCGACCACCGUCCAUUUCUGAAUGGAGAGAUAAAGUAUAUGCUGAAAGAGUUUGAGGAAAAGAGAGGCGAUCGAGAAGUUGAAAACCUAUUUAAAAUCUUAGAAAAAAUUACUGAAAUCAAAGAUAAUGAAUCAGAACGUAUUAGAAAAAGUGGCCAUAAUGCAUUACCAGUACUGAGUGAAAAACUUGAACAGGCCUUGAAUUUAUGUGAAGAAUUGGAAAAAGAUUAUCUUGAAACACAAAAGGUUUGCCAGAAGCAAAUAAAAAGUAACCAAGAAUUGAGAAAAAGAGAAUGGGACAAGUUUAUUGAUGAUAUGAACUUUAAGUGCCAAAGGAUCGAUAACGCUUUUGAGGAAAAAGAAGAAGAAUUGAGAGAUCUGUAUGCUGACCUAAAACACAAAUUAAAUAUUGCUGAUAUUUAAAUUAUGGAUCUUAAAGGUUCAU